CAGAGGAAAAGAUGUGGAAGACUUCCCUGCUGCCCAAGGUCCUGACUUUGGGCAUUCUGGGCAUCCUGAUUCAAGGCCCAGGGCAUCAUGCAGAUGACCUCAUCAGGACCACUGAGUCUGGACAGAUUCAAGGGACUCAAAUCAGUAUCAAGAGGAUUGACAAAGAUGUCAAUGUUUUCCCGGGAAUCCCCUUCCCCAAAUCCCCUGUAGGGGCCCUGAGGUUUUCUCCUCCACAACCACCAGAUUCCUGGAGCAAUGUGAGAGAUGCAACUACUUUUCCACCUAUCACUGGGGAUGAGCAUGCACCUGGUGACUGGGGUUACCUGGAUCAGGUGGCUGCCCUGAGGUGGGUCCAGAAGAACAUUGCCCACUUUGGAGGAGAUCCUGGCCUUGUGACCAUUUUUGGCGAAUCUGCAGGAGGAACGAGUGUCUCCUCACAGGUCUUUGCCAAUCUGUCUGAUUGUGAUACACACAGUUCUGCCCCUUGGUUCAGUGCAAAUUUGAAGAGAUCCUGGCCAUUACCAAGGAUCUUCCUCCUGAGCUUGGGCAUCUGAUAAUAGAAGAAUAUUUAAGAGAUACUGAGGACCUGGCAGAAGAUCAGGAUCAAUUGCAGGAAAUGAUGGGGGAUUUAAUCUUUGUUAUUCCUGCCCUCAAACUGGCCAAAUAUCAAUAUGGUCCCAGUUUUCCAGUCUACUUUUAUGAAUUUCAACACUGACCAAGUGUAUUUAAGGGCCUCAAGCCAGAUUUUGUGAAGGCAGACCAUGGUGAUUUGGGUGAGUUAACAGAAGAGGAAAAAUUCCUGAGCCACAGAAUAAUGAGCUACUGGGCAAACUUUGCCCAUCACGGGUGAGAAAGCUGCCCGUUGGUUUCCAGAUGGUUUUGCUGUGGGGUAGUGCCUGUUCCUAGACACUUAAAGGUUUCCUACUUACAUAGAAGUUCCCUGUGUUGAGGGCCAGAUCUGAAGAGUCUAAUAUGGGACAAGGAAUUUAAGUCAGAGCUUGACUCCUUCUUUUUCCUACCCUUAAGGGGUCAUUUACUCAGAACAUUUGACUCACCAAUUUCCUGUGCCUGCAAGGUGUUAGAACACUCUGACCAAUCCUUGAACCUUGAUAACAAGCAGGUGUAUACAAUUAAAGUUGCACAUAGGGGCUAGGGUUCCUCACAUAAAAAUCCUGCAAACAGCUCAGAGGUGAUUGUUAGCUUUCACUAUUUAAACUGGACCCUCAGAAUAAUAAAUGGUUCAGUCUUUCACUG